AUGGGGAAAAGCAAAAGACAGAGUAUUCAUCAAAAAGAUGUAUUUCAUCGAUUAAAUUAUUUAUAUCAGGCUGCUCAUACAGUGCUGACGAUUAAUCCUAUGGAUUGGGAUUUAUCAAGACAUUACACGAAUACUUUAAGAACUUUGGCAAAAAAGAAUGUUCUGCGUCUCCAUCCACAUCUUAAACGUACGCUUUGUAAAGGAUGUGAUUUGUUACUAAUACCUGGAAUAACUUCAAAAGUUCGAACAAGUGGAAAAAGAGAGAACCAUAUUAUUAUUGAAUGUUUGCACUGUGAUACUCUGAAACGAUUUCUUUGUAAAAAUGAUUAUGUGUUAUGGCAUGAUAAUCCAAAAAAUAUUAAAGAAAUUGUGAUUUUAGAAAAAAGAUCUAUCGUUUUUGCUAAAACUGGAAGGGGUAAACAAUUAAAUGAAAAAAGGCAAACAGAAGUCAUCUUCAGAUGA